ACCUGCCCGCUGCAAACAGGACCCUGCAGAGUAUAAAACCCCAGUGGGGUACGGGACAGCCGGAGCCACGGCCAGGGCAGCGGCGGAGGAGGAUGGAGGCGCACAUGAACCUCCUGCACGAUGCGGGCAUCAGGACCACACACUGGCUGCAGCAACGCUUCCAAGGCUCCCAGGACUGGUUCCUCUUCAUCUCCUAUGCUGCUGACCUCAGGAAUGCUUUUUUUGUCCUCUUCCCCAUCUGGUUCCACUUUGACGAAGCGGUGGGWGUCAGGCUCAUCUGGGUGUCUGUCAUCGGGGAUUGGCUCAACCUCGUCUUCAAGUGGAUCCUCUUUGGGGAGAGGCCGUACUGGUGGGUGCUCGACACGGACUAUUACAGCAACACCUCAGCGCCAGAAAUCCAGCAGUUCCCACUCACCUGCGAGACUGGCCCUGGUAGGGUUCCCCRUGCACUGGUGCUUGCCCAUGGUUCUURCCCACCUGCAYGCGUGAGGAGAGGGGUGCUGGCCUSGCCAGGGCUGUGGCUGGCAGCCUGCAGGUGGCACAUGCCCCUGGACAGCUCUGGAGAGAGUCACUGCUGUGUUCUCCUGGGGACACUGGCAC